AUGGAACAAGUUGAUUACAAAAAAUUGGAUAGGGAUCAACUACGAAAACUUGUAAGAAACAGAACUAACACAAGUAGAGAUGAUGUUAGAAAUAUGAGCGUGCCUGAAAUGCGUAAAAUACUCAAACAGCUGGAUAUAGAUGAACUUAGCGAAAAGUCAAAUCUUCAAAUGAUGAAUCUAUUUCCCUUCGAUGAAACUGUCUUUAGUGAUUACAAAGAAGUUGGUGAUACGUUGAGAGAUACUUUUCACAGUGGAAAUUCUAAAACAUUAGAAUCCUUUUUAGAUAAGAAAGGGCCUGAUAUUGUGAAAAAAAUUUAUGAAAAUAGUGUGAAAAUAUAUGUAUCCUUAGAAUGUGAAAUGAUAAAAGAAGGUACAGAAGAUACCCAAGUAGCUCAUUUGACUACAAAAAGUGUAUUAUUGAAUCCAGGUGAUAGUAGAAUUGACUUCAUGAAAAAUAUUAAAUCUGAUUUAGUAAAUAGAUUAGAACAUUAUCAAAGCAGAGGAUCAGGAUUUAGAUUGAAUAGAAUUAUUGGCUUGAGAAUGUCUCAAACUAAGAUUAUGCCAUUAUCAGGAUCAAAAUAUAUUGAAUUACCAGAUUGGAUAAAAAAUAAAAAAGCAGUAGUCAAUGUUCAAAACAAAGAUGAAAAAUGUUUUAUGUGGUGUAUUCUAGCACACUUAUAUCCAGUUGAAGAACAUCCUGAACGAAUAAGCAAAUAUAAAGAGCAUGCUUCUAAAAUUAAUUUCGAAGGUUUCGAAUUUCCUUUCCAAGUUAAAGAUGUAGAUAAGUUUGAGAAGAGAAAUAACUUGGCUGUUAAUAUUGUAACUCAUGAUUUGAAAACGCAUUUAAGUGUAGAGAAUUUCUUAUCAGUUGGGGUGAAAAGUGACUGUUUUGAGAGGUUGAAAAAAGUGGGACAAAAGUGGGAAAGUGAGUGGGGGUGA